AUGCAGCUCCAAUCUCUGGCAGGAGCUUUGCUCCUCUACGGAUCAGCCUUCGCCGCGCCAGCGCCCCCUGGUAGCUGUAAGCCUCCUCCGAGUGGUCCUCAGCCUGACAGCUCGCGGGCCACGCUGCAGACCUUGAACUACAACAACCUCGCUGCUGCCAACAAUGGCACCGCCGCCGUGUUCGUCCACGAUGAAUUGACCCAGGCCGAUGCGCAGAAGCAGUGUGCCUCCAUCGGCGAGAGUCUGUUUCCCUGGGACUCUACUCCCGAAGCCAACCGCACGGAGCUGAACUACCAGUUCGACUACCUCGUCUUCACGCGUGAUCUCCGGCCCAAUGAGGACAUCUGGGUUUCCACGGGCUCGUCCAAGAGCUCAUCUCACGAUGAAUGCCUAGCUUACUCCCUUCACACGAAGAACGUUGUGCCCAUGCGGUGCGACAAGAAACUUCCAGCCCUGUGUACCUCCGGCGUGCCGCCAACCACCGACGUCGAUCGCACCGUGCAUGCUGCGUCCAAGCUCACCAUCCCCGUUGACGACUACACCAUCACUGGCUACCGUGAUGCUCGGUCAUUCCGGUUCCUCGGUAUCCCUUUUGCUGAUCCACCCGUGAACGAGCUGCGUUUUGCCCCGCCCAAACCCUACUCCGGCCCCAAAGACAUCGACGCCACCAAGCUCUCCGACUCGUGCAUCCAGUCCCAGUCCAGUUUCGGCACUCUGAGCAAUGGUGGCAUCUCCGAGGACUGCCUGUACCUCAACGUGUACACGCCCAUCGUCCCCGCGGGCGAGAAGCAUGGUAAGCCGCUCCGGAAGAAGCCUGUCGCCGUCUACUUUUAUGGCGGUGCCUUUACCAAAGGGACCAGCGCCAUGAUCGACUACGAUGGGGGGAACCUGGCCAGCCGCAACGAUGUCAUCGUCGUCACCAUCAACUACCGCGUGGGCGCCCUCGGCUGGCUGGCCACUGGCAACCUUACCACUGGCAGCUACGGCACCCGCGACCAGAUCCAGGCGCUGAAGUGGGUGAACAAGCACAUUGCAGCCUUUGGCGGCGACCCUUCGCACGUCACCAUCUUCGGGCAAUCCGCCGGCGGUCAGAGCGUCAUUGCCAUGCUCUCCUCCUCCGCCGCCCGGGGCCUCUUCUCCGGCGCCAUCGUGCAAUCCGCCCCAGUCGACCUUCCCUGGUUCACACGCGACGUCUACGCAAACUUGGUCGCGCCAGAAAUUGCCAAAGCGGUCAGCUGUGACGACUCUCCCUCCGAAAAGGACCUCCUGUCGUGUCUGCGCGCCGUCCCGGCCACUAGCUACCUCGACAACUCGACGGAAUUCUCCAACGCCAUCGAUGCCUCGUCCAAGGCGGUCGCGCAGAACUACCUGCACACCGAGACGCUCCUUGCUUCCAUCGAGCCACUAAUGCCGAUGGUCGACGACUCCCACUCAGGCGUCAUCGACGACCAGUUCGACGUGCUCCUGCGCACCAACCGUCUGCCCUCGCGCGUGCCCACCAUGUUCACCACCGUCUCCGACGAAGCCGGCCUCUACGUGGGCCGCUACGUCCCGGAUCUCGGCUCCACGCAGACCGGCCUGAACCUCCUCUUCAAUAUCGCGUACCCAUCCGACCUCGCCAGCCAGCUCAUCGCAUCCGACGCUUACCCGCUCAACCGCUCCGACCCGGACGGCAUCCGCAACACCGCCAUCGACGUGCUCACCCACAGCGAAUGGAGCUGCGCCCAGGCACAUCUCCUCAAGCUCGCCGCAAACGGAUCCUCCUUCCCGUCAAUCUACGAGGUCGAAAUCACCGACGGCCACGUCCAGACCAACGUCAGCGUUCCCGAGGUCUGCACCCCCAACGACAACAACAACGCCACCUGCCACUCUGCCGACGUACUUCCCAUCUGGGGCACGUUGAACAGCAAGACGCAGAACGUCGCGCCGUACUAUGAUGCAGACGAUCUGCGUCAUUCGCAGCUGCUCGACGAUGUCUUUGGUGCUUUCUUCCGCGAGAAAAACCCCAACCCUGACCCGGAGUUCCUGCGCGUGCGUGGUCCUGCGUAUCACGCCACGUACGAGGUCUUUGGCCGCGGCGGGUACAGCAUGCCCCAGUAUCAGCCGGCUCAGGAGACCUUGAGUCUGUUAGGCAUGCCCCCGGCCACGGUGCAGAACCCGGGUCUGUCGGAUAAGUGUCGCGUGUUCGAGGAGUAUGGGUAUACCUUUGAGCGUGCCAAGUAUACCGCUUGA